AUGGCCUCUACUGUAACGACCUACAAUGCUUUUGCCUCGGACCGUGCCAUUGGCAAUCCCGCCGGAGUCAUCAUUCUCCCCGGGCCAAGCAAUGCUUUCCAGUACGAUCCGAACGCAGAGUUCCCAUAUGAGAUAUUCCCUCCAGCUUCAAAUCUCCAAGAGAUUGCCACCAAGUUAAACUAUCCCAUGAUAGCUUUCGCAGUCCCUCUCAGCCCAUCCAAUGACGAUGCUCCUCACUUCGCCGUCCGUUGGUUCAACCCUCUCCAUGAAGCACCACUCUGCGGCCAUGCAACUCUUGCCUUGUCUCAACAUCUGUUCAGCACUUUGCCAAAUGUACCUCAGACACUGAGAUAUCUAACGAGGCUUCAUGGUAUCGUCUCUGCGUCGCUAUACCAGAGUCCAUUCGAAGAUGCUAACCUUGUGGGCAUUGAGUUUCCGGAACUCCUUGACCUUCCUGCCGUGAGACAGAAGGAUAAUAGGUGGGGAGAGCUGAGGAAAUUGUUUGAGCAAUCGACUGGUUCGCAGUGGGAAGGCCGUAGCGAGCCUGUUGGUUUGUUUGAAGCAGAUCAGUAUCUUCUUUUGGAAUACAGCCCUGAACUUGAUCUGAGGGGUCUGGUCAUUGACCCAACGAAAUUGGCUUCCCUCAACAAAUUCAUCUACAUCUUCCAAAUCUCAACGGCCUCGACAGAGCACAUUCAUACCCGUGUGAUCAAUGCGAUUGGAAAUCACAUUGCGGAAGAUAUCGCGACGGGUUCCGCUCACCGAGCUAUUAUUCCACAUGCUUUGUCGAACGCCGAGACUACCGCACGACUUAAGCAGUAUCACCGUCACUUGACUGGAGACACAUUAAAAUGCUUGCAGCAGUCUAGGGAGGGUGGUGAGUUGACUGUCGAGUGGGUUCGCGAUGCAAAGGUUGUGAGGAUUAUGGGCAAAGCGGUGCAAGUCGGUGAGGACAAUUUGGAGGUUUAA